AUGGAUCACCUCGACUUCACCUCCGACGGCUUCUACGCCUUCGAGAACACCCUCCAAGACCCGGCCCAGCACCGAUACUCCGCGUAUCUCCAGAACAGCACCUGGCCGCUGCCGCUCGAGCAAACGCAGUCGAAUAUGUCUCACAAUGCGCCCCAGAGCGCACACUCGAGGAGGGCCACCACCACCGCCUCGAGUCAAUCAACCACCUCGUCCGCUCCACUCCAGGCCUAUCACCAUGGCCACUCGCAGUCGCUGGACCCGCAGGCAAUGCUCUCGACGGCCGCCCACGACUGGCAGUUCCAGAUGCACCACCCGAUGCACCACCACUCGUACUCGCACGACAGCGCCGCCAUCGACACGGCCAACUUCACCAACUUCGGCGCGCCGCUGCAGACGUCGCCCGUCGAGUACAACAUGCCCACCACCCAGGCGCCCCUCGGCAUGAGCACCACGACGAUGCCGCUGGACAUGGGCAACAACUACAUGGCCAUGAGCGGUGCCGUCGAGCAGCCCAUGAACACCAUGGCCCCCUUCCAGAUGAACGACUUCCAGAACGAGCUGCUGAACUAUCCCAUGAACUCGAACGAGCUGGUCGCCGCCAGCGUCGCCGGCAGCUCGCCGACCGAGAACUGGCUCGAGGUCCGCUCGCUGUCGAGUAGCGACAAUGGCUGGAGCACCAUCGACUUCCAGCAGCCCGGUCGCCAGUCGUUCGAUUCGUACACUGCCGAGUCGCACAACGGAACCGUCUUCAACCCCAUCCAGACCCUGCACAUCCGCACCCACUCGGACUCGUCGCAAUCCGAUGUCCCGCAGUCGGCGCAUUCCUUCGGUAGCUAUGAGGACAUUCCCCCUUUCCCCAUGCACUCGCCUCAGUCCGAGGUCGAUUUCGGCACCGGCAUGGCGCACGGCCUCCCCCACCACCACGAUCACGACCACGACCACUAUCACUCCCCAAGCCACUCCAUCUCCUCGGUCAGCCCUCCGACCGCCUCCGCCACCCCCUAUCUCAUCAAGCAGUCUGCCUCUUCCUCCUCGUCGCCCACUUCUUCUGGUAUCAGCUCGCCCCCCGCCUCCAGGAGAAAAAAGAGCCCGACUGCCAGCCUCGGCCCUACUACUGCCAAGGUUCAAAAGACCAUUGUCAAGAAGCCGGCCGGCUCGGCCAAGAAGGAUGCCAGUGGCGAGAAGCGUGUCGGCAGGAGACGCGGCCCUCUGAGGCCCGACCAGAGGCAGCAGGCUCACGAGAUCAGGAAGCUGCGUGCUUGUCUGCGUUGCAAGUUCCUCAAGAAGACCUGUGACAAGGGCGAUCCUUGCGCCGGCUGCCAGCCGUCGCACGCUCGCCUUUGGCAGGUUCCUUGCACUCGUAUCGACAUCAAGGACAUCGCUUACUUCAUGAAGGACUGGAAGGCAGACUUUGAGCGUCACGUGAGCUUGGGCUUCUCGGUUGGCAACAUCAAGGGCUUCUCGACCAUGGAGCGCCCGCUGUACAUCACGCACGGCUACGGCUACUACCUGCCCAUCACUGCUCGCGAGGUCUACGUCCGCGAUGAGAAGUGCUUCGGCAUGGACUGGGUUGAGCAGCCUCCUAACGACAGGCCCAAGGAGUUCGAGAUCGCCACCGCUAAGCUUUCGGCUGGCAUGGAAGGCGUCUCGCACGCGCUUCUUUCCGAGUACAUCGACCGCCACAUCGACGGCGGCUUCGAGCGUUUCAUCGAUGACUACUUCGAGGGCACCUUCUUCCUGAGUGAGAUGCUCAAGACGGCAUACCGGUACUACCUCAAGUCCAAGCUGCCCGUCAUUCGCAAGGCUCUGAAGCUUGUUGUCGCGUACAACCUCACGCUCCACGUCACCAUGGUCGAGGGCCUUUCGGAGGAGGAGAGCCAGGUCGGCAAGAUCGACACCAACGAGAGCAAGUUCUUCGGCAAGACCGUUGCCCCUGUCAUGAUCAACUUCCAAGUCAAGUGCGCUCUCGCCGACAUGUGGCGUGAGCUGCAGAAGGAUAUCCUCGAGGAGCUGUCGUCCCUCUACUCGUCCGUCUACAGCGGAGAGAAGCUCAAGAACUGGCCGACCAUCUUCAUGCUGGCUGCCAUUCUUCUUGCUGUCUGGGAGGAGAUGCAGUUUGACUGCCACUACAGGGUGCCCGACCCCGCUGCCGUCCAGAAGUUCUGCAACGACAUGGAGAGCACCCCGGUCGGCGUCAUCGUCGGCCUCUUCUCUGCCAUCUCGCAGAAGCUCCCCGGCUUCAUGGAGUGGGACACCAGGAAGCAUCACCACCUUCUCGCCUCGAACCAGGCGGUGUGUGAUGCGAUGACUGAAGUCAGAGGUCAUGUCACCAAAUAUGAGCACUACUUGAAGAGCCGGGCAGAGGCCAAAUUCGACAGGAACGACUUCGAUUCCCUGUCGAACAAGUUCCUGUCGAGACUUGUGAUCCGCGCGAACUGA